UUGUGAGGUUAAAGGCAAAGCAUUUGUUGCUCGACUCCUCCCUCUCUCGAGCCAGCUCGCCCAGCCAGCCAGCCUUCUUGAUCUAAUACGAGACCAGAAGGCUCUAAAGCUGCAGAUCUGAAAGUAAACAGAGAGACCUGUUUCUUGUUUAUCGGAGAAAGCUUCAAGAGAAAUGGCGGCUGCGCCGGCUAGAGCUCGCGCCGAUUAUGAUUACCUGAUUAAGCUCCUUCUCAUCGGUGACAGUGGGGUGGGAAAAAGUUGCCUGCUAUUGCGUUUCUCAGAUGAUUCUUUUACAACGAGUUUCAUUACCACAAUUGGGAUUGAUUUUAAGAUUAGGACCAUUGAGCUAGACGGGAAGCGCAUUAAAUUACAAAUAUGGGAUACUGCUGGACAAGAACGUUUUCGAACAAUUACAACAGCUUAUUACAGAGGAGCCAUGGGCAUAUUGCUGGUCUAUGAUGUGACAGAUGAGUCAUCUUUUAAUAACAUCAGGAACUGGAUGAGAAACAUAGAGCAACAUGCUGCUGAUAAUGUCAACAAAAUAUUGGUGGGUAACAAAGCCGACAUGGAUGAGAGCAAAAGGGCUGUCCCAACUGCAAAGGGCCAAGCACUAGCUGAUGAAUAUGGUAUCAAAUUUUUUGAGACGAGUGCAAAAACAAAUUUCAAUGUGGAGCAGGUUUUCUUUUCAAUUGCAAGAGAUAUAAAGCAAAGACUUGCAGAGACUGACUCAAAAGCAGAACCUCAAACUAUCAAGAUCAGUAAACCAGACGCUGCCAAGGGUUCAGCAGCUGCUCCAGAGAAAUCAGUAUGCUGUGGUUCUUAAAGUGAAAGAAGGCCGAUGUUGUUUGUGUUCCUCUUGCAUGUGUUAUAGUCCAAUUGUGGGUGGUAAUUUCCAGUUUGCCGAGGGACGCAAAUAUGUAGAAUCAUCUGCAUGAUAUUGUAAUUUCUCCCAAAAACUAUGGGGAGAAAAUGUUUUAAAUGCUUUACAAGAUUUAUAUUUCUGACCUGCAGCCUGCAUAGCUUUAUAAUGAUUUUUAUUUGGGUGUUGUUGUUUGUCUUCAUAAUUUAUGAGUAGGUCAUGAUCCUUAAGCAAAAUAUUACUUUAUUGUUGUGCCAUGUUCAAAGACUGAUGGUUAUUACAUUUAUUUGUUCUUUAAGUUGUUUGGAUCUUUCUGCAUCA